AUGUCGUCUGCUUUCUUCCGGCGUCCUACCGACACCAGUUCGAGUUCAGGUUCGGCAGAUAGCCCAUCAGCAGAGGAGGACAACGAUUCCUAUCAACCGCUGGAGGAGGCUGCCGAGGACCAAGGCGAGACGGCAACGACAGAGUCUCUAGCAAGUCGAGGAAGUGAGAUUGUCGAGGAUGGACAGGUCUCAUCGAGCGCGGCUUUUGCCAACGUCGACCAUCACCGCACCAACCUCCUAAGUGCUCUUCUGGAGGACUUCGCAAAGACCAGGGCAUGUGAGAUGAUGAACAGUGCGGGACCGGCGACCAGCUUUACGAGAUCGUCAGCAGAAAUCCAACCUCUGGCAAGACAGCUGUAUCAACAUGUCAGCCAGUCGCUCGCUCUUGGUGGGUUACUACCACCGUCAAGUACGCGCGACAGCCCAGGCAACCAGCAGAUACGAGCAGCGUACUUAGCCGGCAUCGAAGGUCUGGCUCUAAGCAGUGUGCAGGCUACCAAUGUCGUUACUGACGGAGAGACGCAACGACUACCUUCAUCUGACGACCUCGUUGCCCUUACCCGUUCCACGCAUCAACAACAGGGACCAUUCUCCGACACUGUCCAGCAGCAGAUGGCGAAUCUGUCUCUAUUCCAAGCUGAAGGUCAGAGCCAGUUUUCUUCUCCCUACUCGAACUUGACCUUUCCUGCACCGCCACUCCGCCAGAGCCACUACGACUCAAGCUUCCAACAGCUCCGAUUAUUGGGGAAAGGAGGAUUCGGCCGCGUCUACCACACGUACAACAUCUUCGACAAGAAGGAAUACGCCGUGAAGAAGAUACCACUGAGUCCUCGACUGUCCAGGCGAUAUAGAGAAUCAGGCCACGAAGAGUUGGAGAACGUGCUACGGGAAGUCCAGGCGCUGGCACAGCUCGAACAUAAUAACGUCGUCCGAUACCAUGCUACGUGGAUCGAGGAGCCGAGAAGGAUAUCUGAAGGUCCCUACAGACCCGAGACCCCAAAUCUCACCAUCCAAGGCCGAAGGCUCAUCGCUGAGACGUCGAGCCCCAGGAAGCCACGACCUAAAAGGCUGGAGCGUGACCACCGUCACGACCUCGACGACGGGAUUAUCUUCGGCACAGACGGUGCCUCAACAUCAUCGUCGCACGUUUCAGUCCAAGAGGCCGACGACAUUAUCGAACGGCCAACAUGGUCCCGAAGGGACAGUGAGCCAGACACUCUGUCAGCGCGGACUUCCGACAUCUUCACCGACGGAAUCUCACGGCCCGGCGUCCAGCCAGAACCGACAAACGCGGACAUCGACGAUUCCGUCUACGUGCUUCACGUUCAGAUGUCGGUAUAUCCCAUGACCCUGGCACAAUAUCUCGCACCGCCGCCGUCGAACUCCACGAGCGCACCCGGCGGUUUCAGGCGGAGACAUUGCUUCCAUCUCGUCCCUGCACUACGCAUUCUGAUGGGCAUCCUGUGUGGACUGCAGUACAUACAUGCCAAAGGACUGGUGCACCGGGACAUCAAGCCCAGCAACAUCUUCCUCUCGAGCUGGGAUGUCCCAACCGCCGGCCUGGUUCCGGACGGAUACCAUGAUGUGGGAUCUUGCGCUGCCUGUCCGGACCCCAGACCGUAUUUUGUCAACCCGCGCAUUGGCGAUUUCGGACUCGUUGCAGACUUGGCCCGACACAGAGAGGACGGGCUUGAUGGAGAGAGGUCAGACGACAACGAUCACGACAUCAGCAACGACGGAAACAAGAAGACGGAUACCAUGAACGAUAGGAACCACAACAAGCCGGUCGGCACCGAGUACUAUCGACCGCCUGCGUCGACGCAUACCAUGAUCGAUGAGAAACUGGACGUCUUUGCGCUCGGAGUCACCCUGGUGGAAAUGCUCUGGUGUUGCACGACCAGUUCGGAACGACUGCACAUCCUGCGUGACUUGCAGAAGGGGAAAGUUCCGGCCGGACUUGGACAGCUGAUCGAGAGUGAAGGACACGCAGAAGGCAUAGGUAGCUUAGUCGAGCAAGGGAUAUUGGGGAUGAUUGACCGGGAUCGACGCCACAGGUGGAGUUGCCCACAGGUCCAGGACUGGGCGGAGACGGUGUUGAAGAAGUGUGCGAGUGGUGAGGAGAGACAGGCUGGUCAUGGUGAUACUUUGACGAAAAUCGUGACCUUGGAAGCUGAGGCUCAUGCAGAGAACAGUAGCAGCGAGGGCAGACCAAGUUGA